UAUCAUCCGUCAGUAACGGUUGGAAAAUGCGGCGAAAACUAUUACACCGCUUAGUAACUCGUACGCGAGACAUGCGAAUAUUUUCGUAAUCGUAUACUUGUCGAAGUGAAGUCGUGUUGCAAAGAUUUACCUUUUUCGAACCAUUGCUGGAAAUUUUAUUGGUCUUUUUUUCUCAGAAUCCUGUUAUGUUUGAAAUCAGCAUUGGUUUUUGCAACUCGAACUACAAUGUUCACCAAUGUAUCACACAGGCUUGCACAGGACGUAAAAGAUUUAACCUCACAACAAGUGUCACCAACCAGUUAUGCAGUUGCAGCUUGCUACAUGAUGUGUGUCACCAUUUUUGGAAUAUUAGUCAAUCUCAUGGUAUUUUAUAUUGUGCUCACUGACAACAAACUCAGGACACCAAUGAAUGCCAUCCUGGUGAAUUUAGCCUGCUCAGAUUUUGGUAUUGCAUUUUUAGGAAAUCCGGUAGCUUUAUUCAAUGCUAUUAAUGGUGGCUGGAUGUUGGGACAGACUGUAUGCCAAGCAUAUGGUUUUUGCAUGUCUUUUUUUGGUAUUGCUUCAAUAUUUACAUUAACCGUUCUCGCCUACGAAAGAUACCACAUAAUAUGUCAUCCAUUCUCUAUAGCCUCGCAUUUAACCUGGCAAGGCGCGAUGAUCUCAAUAGUUGGUACCUGGUUGGCUUCAUUCGUCGCUUCCUCACCUCCACUGUUCGGCUGGGGAGCUUAUGAAAAUGAGGCUGCGAAUAUAAGCUGUUCAAUAAACUGGGCUAGUCGAGAGUGGAAUGCUACAUCUUAUAUAUUAUUUUUAUUUAGCAUCGCAAUGAUAGUACCAAUCUUCGUUAUAACAUUUUCGUACUAUAACAUUGUAAAAACCAUGCGCCAGGUUAACAAAAUGAAACUGGCACAAAACACUGGUGUCGUUAAAAAGGCUGAAACGCACGUCGCCAGAAUGAUAUUAAUAAUGGUGAUCGCAUUUUUUAUUGCUUGGGGUCCGUAUGCCGUAUUUUCAUUGUUAAUUGCCUUCACUGACAUCGAAAUAACGCCACUGUACUCGAUGGCUCCUUCGUUGUUUGCCAAAAGCAGCGUUUGCUAUAAUCCUAUCAUUUAUUUUUUUCUCAAUCAUCAGUUUCGAAAAUCUUGGUGUCGAAGAAUACGAAAAGGAUAUGUGGAAGAAAGCAGCGUAAGAAUACGACAAAUUCCACUAUCAAAAAUCAAUUCGCCACCGCAAGAGUUACAAAAUGUCGAAUGGUGUCAUAGAAAUCAAGCAUUGAUGACAAUUACUUCCAGCAUGAGCAGUAGUUCAAGUGGUACUAACAGCUAUUUCAAACAAUUCAAGGAACGAGAUAAGAAUAUAUCACACUUAAUUCCUUACAAUACUUUUCCUUUUGUGAAAAGGAAACAGAAAUUAAAAAGUCCUUCAUUGCCCAAUAUUACCCAACAUUAGCAAGUGACGACGAUGGCUCAUUUUACACGCGUAUUUAUUUUUACUUUAUCAUGAACAUUUUUACAAGUCGAGAUUUUUAUCCAACAUAUCACAUGUUUGAUGUACCUACGGUUACGUACGUAGAUCUUCCAGGGGCGAAUUCAAAAUUGGGUUUUAGAAAAAAGUCUAGCCCUCUGCGCAACAUGGGCUCCAUUUACUGUUUUCUAUAAAAUCUACACGUAUCUCUGAACUGUAUUGUUCAGAAUUUGAAUUCCAUCGAGACGAACGAAUCAUACACUAUGGAAAAUAACAGAAACCAAUCUAAAAGAUAAUUGCAUUGCGUCGUAAUACUAUGUACUAAAAUGCAUACCACGAAUUCAUAUACAUAAAUUACAUGUACCCACAAUUCUUUUUUGGAAAAAAGGCUGUGAACUGUAAAAUACAUAAUACAUUACAUGAGACAACUACAUUAAUCAGAUAUACAAAUAUUUGUUACUUAUAUAUGUAUUUUACCGACCAGAAUUACUUAUUUCAUUAUCAUUUUUUUUUUUUUUAAUUUCGUGGCUCGUAUAGUUUUAGCUUUUUAAUUAAUGGGUACGAUAAUUCAUUCUCAAAUGCGUCAAGUAUUCGACAUUUUUUUUACAAAAAUCUCUUUUCCUUGUUUUAAAUUGAGUAAUUAGUGUAUCUAAUACUUAGAUAUUUUGACCAAUUAAAUCUUGUUUUCCAAUAAACAAAAAUACAAAACAAAAAAAAAUUGGAAGUUAAUAGCAUCUGGAUUAUUGAAUAACAAAAUUGCCAACAAACAGUUAAAUAAAAUGUUGUAAAAAAAAUGUAAGUAAUUAGAAUUCCCAUAAAAAAAUGUAUUAGAAGUUUUAUGAAUUUUUCAUCACAUCGCGUUCAAUCAGAUUUACAUCAUGUUUACUUAGUGAGUAAGUAGGUAAUUAAGUAAGUAUUACAUAGGUAACUGAUGAUACCUGGAUAGAAUUCCUUGAGACUUAUCCAGUACAGAAAUUUAGACCUACGCAUGCAUUAAAAUUAAAAAGGUUUGCAAAAAAUGAAAAUCUAAAAUAAUAAGCAAUGCGUUUCUCCGAAAAAAAAAAGAUUUGAAUAUUGGAAUAAAUAAAUUACCUAUAGCCUAUAUCAUGGACAAAUAAAAAAACAUCUAGUAAAAAUCUGAAUAUGUAGCGCCUCUAUAGGUAUAAAUUUGUACAGUUUUUAAAUCAGAAAACAGCUGGAAUUACAUAGAAGGAAAAUGUGUAGGUAGCUAGAAAAAAUAUUAGGUUCCUAAACCCACUAAGUACCCAUUUAUCAAGAGAAGGGAUAAACCUACGUUGACGACAUUGUAUUGCGAAUGCACAUUGCACAUAUACGAAAGUGAAAUAAGUAUGACAAGUUGCCGACGACUUCACUCACGGGGCUAAAAUAUUGCUAUUGAAAUAUAUUUCUGCAGGAAGACUGUACGUGUACGCCGAGUUCUUUGUUUUCACUUUUCAUUCCCCAAUAUUAUGAACGAAACCGAAUUACUCGUUUUGAAUCGUUUCAGCUCAGAUUUUACAUAAUAAAGAGUUGCCUAUCGCUUCGUCAGUUCGUCACAAGCACACAUUACUUAUGAGAAAUUUAUUAAUCUUUUUUUUUUUUGUUUUUAAGAAAUUAGGCGAAUUUUUUACAGUUUUACAGCGUAAAAUGAUUGGAUCUGAUCAGAUCUCGUUUGCUCUGAUAAAUCAGGUCUCCCCUUUUUUGGAUCUGAUCAGUACUGAACAGAUUUAAUCCGAUCAAAACUUGAAUUGAACCAGGUCUAAUUACAUAGAUCUGAUCAAGUGAUCAGAUAUCUACAAUCAUUUUCCACUAGAUUAUCACGACAGCUCUGCAUUUAAUUUUUUGGAAAAUCAAAAAUCGUCUGAUCCUAAAAUAUUUGAAUGAAUUAUAAACAUGGCAUGGAUGUAGCCGUCUCCUAAAAGCAAUGUUGUGACUGCAAAACAACUAACCCCCCCCCCCAUCUCUUUAAUUCGAAAUAUUUAAAAUACAGUACAAACUAAAUUUCAGCGAUCCGGCUCAUUUUGGGAAAAUUUUACAGGAUUUCCAAACAUUUUUCGAAGGCUUUAGUAGUGUUCAAAACCACUGGAAACCGCUUGAAGAGAGAGAGGGUGGGUCAAAAAUACAAAAUCUUACCUAGCUUUCUAUAGCUCAACUGCACAAAAUUUUAAUUUUUCACCUUGAGUCAUAAGAUUAUAGAGUUUUGAAAAUUCCGUAAAAUUCAAAAAAUUGCGCCUCUGUCUGAAAUUUUGGACGAUGGAAUAUUUUCGUAUGAGAGUUCCACAUGUUUUUGAAUUUUUUUUUUUCGAACAUCCCAAACAUUAGGUAUAGGUACAUAAUAAAUGAUAAAACGAUUUCAAUCCGGAAAAUGUCUUUUAGGUCACAUUUCAGGUAGGUACUUUCGCGGGUUUUGUGAUCAAUUUUUGACAUGAGUGAAAAAAUGUAAAUUUAUAGCGCAUGCAAUUUUCAAAAAAAAAAAAAAAAAAAAAACAUAAAAUCUCCAAAUAUGAUUUGGCAGCUGCGUGUUUUCUUUUGUUUUGACCAUAUUUCAACGAGUAUAUACUUUCAUUUUCCAUUAAAAUGCUAUAAAACCUCAAAAAUCGCAUCGGGUGGCCAAAACUCUGGGAACCUUCUACGUACGCGGUUGCAUCUUACAACCAUUGUACUUUAAGGCCCAGUUUCGACAUACUUAACUAAUUUCCUGAACGAGUAAAAAUAUUAUUAGGUAUUUUUUUU